AUGUAUCACCUCGCCAAGUCGCUGUACAUGUACGCUACGAGUAAAGAGGAAUACUCCGUCCUCCUUCUCGGCCUCGACAACGCCGGCAAAACCACCCUCCUCUCUCAGAUCAAAGCCCUCUACCAACCCCCGCGCGCCGAUGGCAGCCUCCCGACCUCGCUCCUCCCCGCCAGCAUCGGCAAGACCGUCCCCACCGUCGGCCAGAACGUCGCCACCAUCUCGCUGCCGGACAUGUACCUAAAGAUCUGGGACGUGGGCGGCCAGAUCUCCAUGCGCAACCUCUGGCAGAGCUACUACACUAGCUGCCACGCCAUCAUCUUCGUCGUCGACAGCGCCGACGUCGGCCAGAACCCGGACAUCACGCGCCUCCCGCAGCGGCGCCGCGCGAGCGGGGGUAUCACCUUCACGGCCGAGAACGUCGGGAUCAACGCUCCCGGGAGUGACUUCGGGCGGCUGGACGAGUGCCGGCAGGUGCUGGAGUCGGUGCUCAAGCACGCCGACGUGGCCGGGGUGCCCAUCCUAGUGCUGGCCAACAAGCAGGAUCGGGAGGACUCGGUCGAGGUCGUCCGCAUCAAGGAGGGGUUUGUGCGCAAGGUGUUCGAGGGGGAGUCCGGGGCGGGCGUGCGCGACAGUCGCGUGCUGCCGGUGAGUGCGCUGAUGGGGUCCGGCGUGCAGGAGGCGGUGGAGUGGGUGCAGAGUCGUGUGAAGUGGAAUAAGGAGGGUCGGCCGCCGGUGAUGCGGUGA